AUGAAGAAUGCCUUUAGUCGACAUGGAAUCCGAGAUAUCAUAGUUACCGACAACGGACCACAGUUCGCCUCUGCAGAGUUCAACAAGUUUGCGGCUACAUGGGGAUUCGAUCACAUAUCUUCAUCACCUCGGUACGCCCAGUCAAAUGGCGAAUCGGAACGAGCCGUCGAGACAAUAAAGAACUUUCUGAAGAAGUGCGAUGACGAGUACCUCGCUCUUCUAAGCUGCAGAAACACACCGCUUCACAACGGAUAUUCUCCCUCACAGCUAAGUAUGGGUCGCAAACUAAAAACGAGAGUACCGUGCCACCCUGACGAGUUGAAACCUCAACUCCCAGACAAUGAUGUAGUGAGAAAGAGAGAACAGAAGACAAAUGCGGGAAGACUAUGA